AUGUCGGGGACGACAUUCCUCUCUCUUCUGGCCAUUGCCCAGCUGGCCCUAGGCCGCAGCCUUUACGUUGCCCAAGUUGAUAUCAACGACACCGUCGCACAAGCCGUCGAAGUCAACUCGGUACCACGCUCUCUGCUGGAAACUCGAGAUGCUGACCCAGCCGAUUUUCGCUGGGCCAGGAGAUGGGCUGCUGUCGGAGACAGUUACACUGCUGGCAUAGGAUCUGGCCGUCAGCUUGGUGAUAUUUUCCACAAAAGAGACGACUGGUACUGCUCUCGCUACGAUCUGUCCUAUCCGUACUUGGUCAACGGAGCCCUUGGCGCUGCCGUCGAGGAUUUCCAAUUCCCCGCCUGUUCUGGCGACAGAUCAGAGCAGAUCUACGAGCAGAUUCAGAAGCUAGACGGCACGCUGGACCUCGUCAUGAUGACCGCUGGAGGAAACGACUUGUGUCUUGCCUCGCUACUGAAGACGUGUAUUUUCUUGCCUUUUAAUGGCGAGUCAAAGUGCCAAAACAUCAUCGAUGUCGCCAAAAAGAACAUUGAUACCAUUCUCAAGCCCAACAUCCGGCAAUUGCUGACUGCUCUCAACGACAAGAUGAACAAGAAGAGCGUUGUAGUCUACAACGGAUACGCCCAAUUCUUCAACACGGAGAAUGACGCGUGCGAAAAGGACCAAAACUGGCUUCUCGCCGGACGAUGGUUCAGCAAGGGUCUCACGCUUAACAAGGAUCGCCGUACCAAGUUCAACGAGCUUGUGAUGGGUAUCAACGAUGCCAUCCGAGAUGUCGUUGAAGAAUUCCGCAAAAAGGACCUCAACUACAAGAUCGACAUGGCCGACUGGGAUCUCUGGCCGCAAAAGGGCGUCAAGGGCCAAUUCUGCGAUCCAUCCUCGUCUGGUCACUAUCCUGACGACAAGCAAAAAGAUUUGCAGUUCUUCAAGCAGGACACCUACGUCGCACCGCUGAUCCAUGACGAGUUGAGGAAGCGCGACCCUGCCGCUCUGGAGAAAGAAGAAGAAGAAUUCCAAGCUUUUGUCGCCAGUCUGAACAAGGACAACAUCUACGACUCGCUCCUUUACAAAUCCUCCAACAAGCGUGCCGAGGUCCUGCACAAGCUCGACCCCCGUGCACCAGCUCCACCAAGCUGCCCCGGCGAUGGCAAUUUCGACGUCACCCUCGGCCUGGGUCUUCCCGACACUUUUGGCAAGCUGUUUCAUCCAAACGAGCUCGGCCACAAGUCCAUUGCAUCGUUUGCCAUGUCCACGGCCAUGGACAUCCGCGCCGAGGUUCUGGGAGUCUCGGCGCCGGCAUGCCAAAAGACGGACAACUUCAACUGCUACCAAAAGCAGGGCCGCAAAGCGUACGCCGGUGUCGAUCGCAUGAAUGAAAACUAUAAAGAUUUCUGCGACAGCGUCAAGGCCCCAGAAAACGAGCAAGGGUGGCACUUUACGAAGAAGUACCACGAGGGUACCCCCGACGAGCACGACAUGACCGUGUCGCUCGGAAAGGCCAAAGACUUCAACAAGGACGAGUGCAUCGACAGCAUGAGUCGCAUCAUCAACGGCUGCGACGGCAACGACGACAAGAACCCCAUGGACUGGAAGUUUGGCGGCAAAUGGGUUCGUGGCGAGUACACCUACGAAGUCGCCCCCAAGCGCGACAACCGGCCCUGGCCCCCUGUCCAAAAGACGGACGGCACCUGCGAAGGCUGGUACAAGGUGUUCUUUGGCACCUACACCGUCGAGGGCGCCGGUUGGGCUACCUGGGACUAUGGUCAGGACACCUUGCUCAAGUCGCUGCGUGGCUGCAUGGGCAGCGGCAUCACCAAGUGGAAGUUUGACUACUACGAUUCGCCAUCAGACAACGGCAUGGAGUGGAAGGCGACCUUCCACACGCCGAUUUGGGUUCGUGCGAGAUGCAUGAAGAAUGACAAGGUGCAACGAGCAUCAGGUGGUCACACCGACGGCUGCAAAGGAAACGAUUAA